UCAGUAUCGGUGUGAAAAUCUGCAAGUUAAAUUAUCAAGUGAGCAAAAGAUACUUGUAUUCUUAGUUCAUUUCAUAAGGAAACAAGCUUUUUGUUGAAUCUGGUUCUUCCUGGAUUCCAGAACGUUUGACAAGGGACAGAGUAGUUAAAGUGAGGCCAAGCCCACAGAAGUUUAACAAAAGCUGCAAACUAAGCGCAUUCCUUCCAAAGAGUGAACACUAGCCAGAGCCAGUCACAUCCUCUUCACUGACGAGGAAAUCAAGAUGACCACGCUAAUUUCAGAAAAAGAAAACCGAGCCUGGUGCGUCGUCUACGGCCUAGAGUCGGCGGCAAUUAUUAUUGGGAAUAUCCUUAUUAUAGCUGCCUUCGCCAUCACUAAGUCCUUACACAGGAAAACCUAUCUGUUGCUAAUCAGCUUGGCAGUGGCUGAUCUCCUGGUGGGUGCGGUAGCGAUACCGAUGUUCAUUCAUUACAUUGGUGGAUCAGUUACCAAUUGGUGGGAUGUGGACGAUCACGUACAACCUGCCCAGACCGCCAUCGAGAUAUUUGCCUCGUAUGCCUCGAUUUUCUUCCUGGUCGCUAUCGCUUUGGAGAGACUUUACGCAGCUUUGUCUCCCGUCGGGCAUGAUAACUUGAAACCUAUCGUUUACUACAUCGUAAUCACCUCCAUCUGGCUUUUAUCGGUGCUACUCGGCGUUUUGUCGUUUCUCCGAGAGAAGCAUGUCGGUGCAGCAGAUAAUGAGGGGGUAUUCCUGUUUAUCAUGAUUUUACUUGCCUUAUCAAUGAUAACUAUUGUGGUCGCUUAUUCAGUGAUCGCCUGCAUUUUACUGGGUGCGCGCAACAAAAGCGAUGACUUUCAGAAGAGGAUGGCGGUUACUCUCCUGAUCUUAAGCUUGAUUUUUAUAGUCACUUGGUUGCCAUUUAAAGUGAUUAAUUACAUUUUUCACUUUCAGCGGGGUGCAACCCUUUCAUGUAGCCAAGGUGACUUUGCCUGUCUCUAUCACGCAAUAUACGCUACGAAAUUCCUCCAUUAUUUUAACUCAGUUGUAAACCCCAUUAUUUAUGCUCUGCGCGUGAAAGAUUUUAGGAAAGGAGUCAGGCGCAUUUUUUGUUGUUGCUGUGAGGAAAGUGCACCGAGUAACCCUCCCCUGGGGUAUAGAGAAAGAGGAAUCGACAACAUGGUUUCAAUGCAUUCCAUUGAUACCAAUGUUCCCUCUAUGUUCUUGUAAAUAGCAAUAAUGGAAAUAUAUCAGUUUUAGUCUAUUAAGAAUUAAAAUCACGUUUACUGGGCUUAAACGACAUGUAUCUUAUUGAAACUUAGAGGAUUAUGUGGGAACUGGUAUAAAUUUCACGAGUUGUUUUUUAGUCAGUGGUUUUAAUGUUUAGUUCUCAGUUAGAGGAUGGGUUUAUUGGAGCUUAAAGCAUGUUGAUGGAUCGAUGUUUUGAGGCACUGCCGGUCACACCUAACCGUCUACGUUUUUGCACGCGUUCAAAGUCUUUGAAAACAGAGAUUCAUCCAAAUUAAUCCACCGUUCGUUCCUUUACGGUUGUCUACCAACCAUUGUAGAGUUCGUGGUGUUAUGAAGUUCCUAAAUUUGCUUUUUUAUUCUUUCGAUUGAACGCUAAGUUCUCUAGUGGGGCAAUCAGUUAAAAAAUGAACCCGCAAUGAUGACUCUAAGAAUAUUGUAUUUUAGAAUUUUAAUUAGAAGUUUACAAUUACACGAUUACUAUCAGCUAAAUUAGAUUAUAUUUUACGAAGCGUAGUUUUAAUUUCUAGUAAAGUAUAAUUAUAAGAUUUGUUUCAAUGACACGUAAAAUUCUUGUGAACCUCCUCAAUCCUGUUUCUGUUAAGCGAAUGUACAUUUAUGACAUAACUUGCUGAUUUACUAUAGAUGGAGCAAUGCUUAUCAAGUUUAUGUACUUGUAAAUAAAUUAUCAUGAAAUACGG